UGAACGGAGCCCAGCGCGCAGUCGCUCUGCGCAUAAUUAUACUGGCAUUUACAGAAACUGAGCAGUCGGAAGGAGAGCGAGUAAGCCAAGAGAUUGUGAGUGAGUAAGUGUGUGUGAGAGAGAGGGAGAGAGCGGCUGAGAGAGAGAAGAGACAUAAAGUGCAAGCGAGGGAGUGAGAGAGAGAGAGAAAGGGAGAGGAAGGAAAGGCCAUACAGAUACAACUACAAGAAACAAAAGUGUCUCCAACCGGACUAAACAUCGCCAAAUAACCACGCAGAAUGGCCUCAGAGGAGCUCUACGAGGUAGAGAGAAUCGUGGACAAGCGGAAAAACAAAAAAGGCAAAACCGAGUACCUUGUGCGCUGGAAAGGCUACAACUGCGAGGAUGACACGUGGGAGCCAGAGACUCACCUUGUGAACUGCGUGGAGUACAUCCACGAGUUCAACAGACUGCACAGUGAGCGACAGAAGGACAGCACUCUGCUGCGCUCCACCCGGAGCUCUCCCAACAACAACGCCAGGAAACAGAUCUGCCGCCCCCCCCAGAGCUCACUCGCAAAGACUCCUCCCAAACUGACCAGCAAAGAGCUGGACGCCAAAAACGAACCUCAGCUGCUGCCUAGUCACCAAAAGUACCGGCGCACUACGGCCACUACGCAUUCUGUGACCUCUGGCAGGAGAAGCAUGGACCUGUCCAAAACUGGCAUCAAAAUCUUGGUUCCCAAAAGCCCUAUGAAGAGCAGGACUGAGGCAGAGGAGUUUCCCAGUGAAGGAGCCCACGGCCUAGACCAAACCGAGCAGGAGCAGGACUCCGUUCCCCCGGAAGUGGCCCUGGAGAAGCCGGUGGGCUCUCUUCUUGGGCCGGGGGCCGAGAGGGCUCGAAUGGGGACCAGGCCGCGGAGCCAGACAAUACUGCCUCAAGCUCAGGGGCCAGUGACUGCAACUACUGCCUCGGGACUGACGCUCAAUGGCAAAGGUACCACUACGUUCAUGGAAGCCCUGGCAGCCAACGGUACAACAAGCAUACAGAGCUCAGCCACAGGAGUCACAGCAGGGAAGAGGAGGUUUGAAGACAGGCAGGCUUUCGACAAGAGGCUGCGCUUUAGCGUGAGACAAACUGAAAGUGCCUACCGGUACAGAGACAUUGUUGUCAAGAAGCAAGACGGCUUCACUCACAUAUUACUCUCCACAAAGUCUUCAGAAAACAACUCCUUAAAUCCAGAUGUAAUGAAGGAGCUCCAGAGUGCACUCACUACAGCAGCCGCAGAUGAUAGUAAAUUAGUUCUGCUGAGUGCUGUGGGAAGCGUUUUUUGUUUUGGCCUUGAUUUUAUUUAUUUUAUACGACGACUGACUGAUGACAGGAAGAGAGAAAGCACUAAAAUGGCAGAGACUAUCAGGGCCUUUGUGAACACUUUCAUCCAGUUUAAGAAACCCAUCAUAGUGGCUGUGAAUGGUCCUGCUGUUGGCUUGGGGGCAUCUAUCCUCCCUCUGUGUGAUGUGAUCUGGGCCAAUGAAAAGGCUUGGUUCCAGACACCUUACACUACGUUUGGACAGACUCCAGAUGCAUGCUCAUCUCUCACAUUUCCCAGAAUAAUGGGAGUGGCUUCUGCCAACGAGAUGCUCUUCAGCGGAAGGAAGCUGACCGCGCAGGAGGCGUGUGCCAAGGGUCUGGUCUCACAAGUGUUCUGGCCAGGAACGUUCACUCAGGAGGUGAUGGUGCGCAUUAGGGAGCUAGUCUCUUGUAAUUCAGUUGUCCUCCGGGAAUCCAAAGCCCUGGUGCGGAACGCCACAAAGGCAGCCUUGGAGCAGGCUAACGACAAAGAGUGUGAGGUCUUAAAGAGGGUCUGGGGCUCACCGCAGGGUAUGGACUCCAUUCUUAAAUACCUGCAGAAGAAGAUUGAUGAGUUCUAAACCUCAGAACCACUCCCACACCGGGGACUGUUGUACGCAUUGCAGAUGUUCAGAACUGGGGGCAAAAUUGAUUAGCAGUGCAAGCUGAAAAAGUGCUCAUCUGUAGGUUUGGCAAGCUUGGGAGCCGAGAAUAACGGACUGAAGUGAACGCCGUCCAGCGCCUCAGUCUAAUGUGCAUGGACCUUCUGAGCUGGUACUUCUGACCACACUUUUAGAAUUUGGGUGGAAGCAGGAAGCUGUCUUAUUUAUAAGGGUGGAUUAAUGUAUAUUUUUGUAUUAGGAUGAACAAGCCUUAUGAUUAAAUUCACAGGAAAAAGGAAAUUAGAAAACGGGUAACAUUGUGUCCUCUUCUGCAAGGCUCCAAAGGUGAAGAUGUAGUUUGUACGCGCUAAGCGGUGGGCAGAUUCAUUAGAAUGAGAUGCCUCUUAAGUUCAUUGUUUUGCUCCACACAUUUCCAGAGUUCAGCGGUCAACUGGCAUCUGGAAAAGAUUUGUCUUACCAUCUUUUUCACCUGCUUUUGAUUCAUUUGGAAGCCUGAAAUAUUACUUUCCCAGCAUGAAGAAACCACUCACUUUUAAUGAAAUGCCUCUUCUAUUCUGCAGUAUUAGAUAAAUGACAAAAAUAAACAUGUUGUAUCUAAUUUUAGCUUUUAAUGUAGCUUUUUUUUUAUCUGGUUGUAUCUAGUUCAUAGCUUACCAUUGCUGGGCAAGAUGAAUAUACAAAAGAAAGAGAAAAGGAGUUGUUUUCUGUAUUUUUCUUUUCUCAGUAGGUUGAAUAUGUUACACCAAAUAUUUUGUGUUGUGUAAAUGUAUUUUAGUUUUACUUAGAAAUAUUUUAUUUAAUAAGUUAAAGAAGAAACACUCACAUUAUUCAAAUUCCUUCCAAGAAAACUAGAGAAAAAAAAGCUUCCUUAUCUUGAUGCAAUACAUUCUUUGUACUGUUUUUCAUUGUAACACCAAGGGCUAGAAUCUGCGUUGGUAAGGUCCAAAGUAACACCUUUUAUACACUACCCUUAAAGCUGAACCUGCAGUUCGGUGAACUGUAGUGUUGCACUGUUGAUUAUAGUACAAGCUUAUCUGGUCAUGUUAGCAAUACAGUAAUGUAUUUAUAAAGGCAAACUGGGCAGCAGUACUCUUGCUAUCAAGAAGUGAAGUGUUUGAAGUGUUUUGUUGCUAAUUGGGCUACAUUUGUAAUUUGAUUCCAUAAUCAUGAAGUCUUUAGAUUUUAUAUCUUUUUAAGAUUUAAUUUUUGUUGGAAAAAAAUCUGAAAAAAAUCCUUAAAAGCUUGUUGUGUGUAUACGUGCAGUAAAACAAUUGGAAGAUUUUGGCUAAUUUGUUUUGUACAAAAAUCAGAUUUUAAGAAAUACAGAGCAAAAAUCACAGUAAUCCAUACUGUACUUGUGUAUUCCCAUUUCACAAAAGAAUCUGCAAUUCUCAGGGUCAGAAUGGAAAGUCAUUCAUAUUUAAUCGUAAUAAUAUAGAUUUCACAAAAGAAUUUUCAAUUUAUUCACAUGUACAGUGGCUCAUUGUGUAUUUAGGGACAUAAUUUGAAUGUCAACAAGUCGGCCUACAAAUGUAGCUCUCAAGCUUCCAAACUAAUGAACCAACUACACGUUCGAGUUUUACUAUACAAUAAAUAAACAUUAGGUAACAGAUUUCAUUAAUAUCCAAGACAGUUUUGGAUUAUUCUCAAUUUCUCAUGGAAUACUUAUUUAUUGUUAUGGUCAGUAAGUAAAAACCCAUUGUGCCUUUUGAAGCUACUGUAUAUAUAAUUGAAUGCUUUCUCUGCAAAAACAAAGGAGUUUAUAACGAGAUAUUUUUGCUUAUUCUUAGGGCUCUAUGUGAAUUCUUUGGUGAAUAAUACAGGUCUAAUUUUGAAUUUGAUAAAACACAUUAGUUUUGAUCAGUCCCGAGGAGAUUGGAGUGGGAUCUUUGAAGGCAAUGUGAAAAAGAAAGAAGGAAAAAACAGGGAAGACCUUGUGGUAUGAAUUAUCCCAUCAGAGUAAGAACUGUUGCCAAUGGAGAUGAAGAAAAAAUAAAUAAAAAUGGCACUUUGAUCAACUCAGAAAUGAAAUCCAUUCUGCUUGUCUCAUUUACAUUUGUAAAUGAUGGAAAAACCUAUUUACAGUACAAAAAAGCACAAUUUUUAAAUCAAGCUCAAUAUUACCAGAGGAAAGAUCAGCAUUCAGUUCUUCAUGUAAAAUUAAUUAUCUGAAAUUCAAGGUUUAAUUGAAAAUACAGUUUGAAGACUAAUGGCUAGUAAUGCAAAAUACAGAAUUUGAGUCUUAGUCAAACAUAGAAACUAAAAUACUGAAAAAUUAAAACUGGAUAUACCUUAGCUUUCAUUGCAAGGAUUGCAUUUAUUUAUUCAGGGUAUCCAAGUUCAAAGGGGCAACAACUAGUAUCUGGCUGUAGAUAUCAAGUAUACAUAUUAAUUCGGUUGAAAGAAAUGAACCCUUACUUUUAGAAGAGUAUGUCUGGACAAUUCCAGUAUUAUUAUUAUUUUUUUUUAAUCUAGGUAGUGACUUCACAUAAGAUUUUUUUAAAUAAAUUGGAAACGGUUUCUGUCUCUCCUGCAUUCUGGAUGUAAUCUAAGAAGUCUUUUAUUGUUAUAAUUGUAAUUCGGGAUACAGAGCAGAAACGUGAUUAGGAGAUAAGAUUCUCUCUUAGGAGAUUGUCUGAAAUAAGGGUAAAUAAUUAAACAUGGUGACUUUGGACUCUCUCAACAUGGAAUCUAUACGGCUCUGUCUAUAUAUAUAGCACAUUAUUUAUAAAUAUGGCAUUCAAAUCCCACCCUAAUGUACAUAGACAUAUUCUGCAUUCCUUUGAGGAGUGGGUAUUGCUCUCUGACUGCAGGUAUUGAAAACUACCUGAGAUUUUUUGAAUUUAUCUUGCUGAAUGUAUGGCAGAGGGGAGUAUAAGAGAUCCUUUAAAUCAAACCUUAUUUUUGUACAGUCAAGAGGUUUCUAUUUGAACUGACCCCCCACCCCCUCCCCUUCCAUUUGCAGCACUGUACAGUCUGUAUAUCUGCCUUCCUGGAUUCUUGGUACAGUAUUUUUUCAUUUGUGGGACCUAUUUUUUGUUGAGUAGUUUGAAACUAUAAAUAUAAAUAUAUAUAUGUACUGUACAAUCUGUAAAGUUUUUAUAGAUUAAUAAGUAAAAUAUUCAGCU